CAGUGCCUGUAGUUAUGUAGUAUUCUUGAUGUGGUGGUAUAUCACUGUGUAGCCCAUAAUGUGACACAAAUAAUCUCUGCCUCAGGCCGCAAAUCACUCCACCAUAGCGCACUCGAAUGACGACAAUCCCACCUCAUCAGCUCUGACCUCCGCCUCCCCGGCUCAACAACGAUCUGGUUUCUCCUCGAGUGAAUACAUUUCGACUCAGAAACAGCAACGAUACCAUCACAGAUGGAGAAAUUCGCCCUGAAUAUCCCGGAGGGCGGUCAGGGGUCGAUAUUUCCCCGGCGCGACCGUGUCAUUACCCGGCUCCUCCGCCGGACGGCCAUCGCCCUGUUGCUCUGUUUCGGCCUGUACGUGUGCGUGAAUCGGUUUGCAGUCACGGAAGGCCGCCUGCCCUCGUACCUCACACCGGAGGAGGCUCUCUACAAUGGCCACACGAAGGCCUCGACGACCAAGAUUCCGCUGGAGGCGCACAUCAUGAGCAAGUGCCCCGAUGCGAGGGACUGUUUGCAGCAGUUGAUUGUUCCUGCCAUGGAGCAGAUCAGCGACAAGGUUGAGUUUCAGCUAUCAAUGAUUGCUAGUGUAUCGAACCAAAGCUCCGAAGUUAUAUGCAAACAUGGUCCCUCCGAGUGUAUCGGCGACAUGCUCCUCCUCUGCGCGGCGAAUUUGCCCUUCCCUCCACAGCCGAAAGGAACCGCAGCCUCCGACUCGGCUCUCGUUGAGACAGGCGACCAGCAACGCACCCCGACGAUCCGGUCCCUGGGCUUCGCCAACUGUCUCGUUAAGUCAUACUCGAAUAUUCCCAGCCGGGAGCUGGUUGAGGGGUGCGCACUGGAGCACGGGAUUGACUUUGAUGCACUGAACCAGUGUGCUAGCCAGCAGGAUGACGAUGUGGACGAUGAUUACUCGCCCUCGCACCGCGCCGAUAAGCCGAUCAGCGGGAUCGCGCUGCUCCGAGAGAGUGCACUGCAUAGUGCCGCGCUGUCGGUGAAGACCAGCUGCACCGUCCGGGUGGAUGAGAAGGUGUGGUGUGUGCGAGAUGGAGGGGUGUGGAAGGACUGCGUUGGAGAUGGCGAGGGCAGCCAAGUAUCUGUCCUAGUGAACGAAGUGAAGACGCUCUGGGAGCAGAGAAAUUGAACUCGGUCUAG